GAAAGAACUUGCCUGUGCUUGUUCACUCAUUCCUCCAUCCCGCCAUCGUUGCACCCCCAGCAUCAUUUACCCCAGCUCAACACUAUGGACACACUUGCAGAUGGACCUCAGGUGCAGGUCAAAUUUGUGACCCAGCAGAGGCAAUAUGCCAUCCCUGAGACAUCUAUCCAGACCCCUGCCCGUCUCCGUCGCUAUGGACUCUCACAAAUCAUCAACCUUGUCCUCCAAAACGAAGGAGAGAAGCAAAGACCUUUCGACUUUUUGAUUGAGGGCGAGUUUCUUCGCACGUCUUUAGCAGAGUACCUGGAGGAGAAGAAUAUGUCGACUGAGAAUGUGCUGACAAUUGAAUACGUCGAGUCAAUGCUCCCUCCCACGCCCUUGUCUUCGUACGAGCACGAUGACUGGGUCAGUGCUGUACAGGCCCAUCAUUCUGGCGGAUUCUUGACUGGAUCAUACGACAAUCAUGUGCGUCUCUGGAACAAGCAGGCAGAAUGCACACAGAUUUUGUCAGGACAUAGUGGAGCUAUCAAAGCUGUUCAAUGGCUCACAUCCGAUGGCGACAACGGCACAUUGUUGUCUGGAGCACUGGAUCGAUCCAUCUUGGCAUGGGAAUAUAACCACUCUGACAACAGCCAUUCGGUUUUGUACGAGUGUAGAGGACAUACCGCAGGGAUCGAAAGCAUUACAUUGAAUGUCAACGGAGACAGGUUUGCCACGGGAUCCGCAGACUCGAUGAUCAAGAUCUGGACAACUACCAUUCCCACGGUUAGCGAUCACAUCGAGGAGGUCACAGAGACGCGCAAAAAGAGAAGGACUGCCAAGGAAGAUAGAAUCCUAAAGGCGCCCAUUCUUACCCUAGCUGCACAUACUGGACCCGUGUCGGCUGUAGUCUUCAGCCCGACAUCAGCAGAUACCCUUUACAGCGGUGGAUGGGACCACUCUGUGCGUGUCUGGGAUGUGGAGAACCAUGUCAACGUUACCACCAAGAACUGUGAAAAAGUCGUGCACGCUCUGGAUUACUCUCAGCACUCUGGCCUUCUAGCCACUGGUCAUGCAGACCCCACUGUCCGUCUGUGGGACCCUCGUUCGGAGGACUCAUCGGUUGUGAAACAGACUUUGGUCGGACACCAGAAUUGGGUCACAUCUGUAUCUUGGUCACCAUCUUCAUCGUACAUGCUCGCCUCUGGAUCGUACGACGGUUUGAUCAAGGUCUGGGAUAUUCGUGCUAAAGGUGCAUUGUAUACCUUGUCCCACGGAAAGGGAUCUAAGAAGGUCUUCAGCAUUGACUGGAACAAUGAUAUUCUCUUAUCUGGAGGCGAGGACAACCAAAUGAAGAUUCACAAGAUUCAAGACCACCUGUCUGACCGGGAGGAGGCAUAGUGCUACAGAGCAUUAAUAAGAUCGUUUUCUUUUGCAUUUUCAGUCACAUCCGUCUAAUAAACGCGGCACAUAUUCAUACAAGCGCACCGAAUGAACUGACCGCUGUCAAUCGACAGGAGCGUUUGGUUUUCUC